AUGGAAAAUCGAACGGUACUUCGAAUAGCGGCGUUGGAAGUCAAGGACAAAUGCACUCGGAUUUCCAUACUUGUGCGAAGGAGACUUUCUUAUACGAUAGAAAGUGAUGGUUAUAUAGAAAGAGUUUACUGUGGCAUUAAAGAUUCCAAGAUGGCGAAGUUUAGUUUCAUAGUAAUUAUCUGCCAACUUCUAACGAUACCGAUACUGGAAAUUCGGUCAGAUGAAGAUAACCCCCUUUUGGACCUGGCGUCCUCUUUCCUCCAAAAUAUGGGCAAUGGAGGAGGUAACAACAUGGACGGUUUGGCCGCGAUAGGGAAUAUUAUGGGCACUCUUAUGCAAGGGGAUAACGCUAAGAACCUAGGAUCUAUGUUCGGACAGGAUGGGGGCAAUGCUGGGGAUGUUAUAUCAGGUUUGGGGAGUCUCUUCGCCGGACAAGAUGGCAAAAUCGAUCCCGCCAUGAUUGGGUCCAUGGUUUCAAUGUUCGCUCAACAGAUGGCGCCGAACGAACCCAAACGCGAGAAACGCCAAACAGAUGACUUUAAUUUGGACGGUUUGAUGGGUCUGGCUUCUGGUUUCUUGGGGAAUAAGAACACGGCGAGUUUCUUACCCUUAAUAAUGAACACGUUGAGUUCUCUAUCGGAUAACGAGGCUCAGAAACGUUCAGAUGAUCACAAAGGCCACGCAUCGUUUCUGCCCCCGUUCCUAGAGAAGGUGCAUUUGUACUGGGACAUAUUUAUCAAUUCGGAAUUAGGGAAGACCGUUUGGGAGAAGUCUGGGUUCAAACGAGCGAUGAAAUCGUUUAUUGGUCCUGACGGAAAUGUUAGCUUUGAAUUGAUGUUCAAAAACUUUGAGAACCAUUCGUUUAGACGUCAUUGGAUUAAGGUUGUCGCGAAAUAUUUGACGGAUAUGGUUGUACACGUCGCUAAACCAGAGGUUUAUCAAAGAUAUCUCGUUUCCGGCCAGUAUAUAGUUAACAGUUUCUUAGACGCCCAGGGCGUGCCCAAGAGCGUUCAUCUGAACAUGAAACGGUCGGAGGAAUCAAUCACAGCACUUCUCAACUUUGUUCUAAACAAAUAUUUAGACAUGGAUACUGACGUAACGGGGUAUGUGAAACCGGCGAUUGAAUAUGUAAAGGAAACCCUAAAACUGGCCCAAACAAAAUCACAGAGCCUGGCAUCUCGCGGUGAUUACCACAAGCUAGCUGACCGUAUCACAGAUACCCUCAAUUUGGAAGUGAUAGAACCAGUUUUACGUGUGUACCGCGCGUAUAAGCAUGCAGUCGCUGCGCCGCACUGCCAAGAACAUCUACUGUGCCUCGUAAAUCGGCAUACGGAGAAAGAUAAACUCGGUCUUCCCGGUUUUAAGGCAGGUCUGACUAAAUUGAGCAGCGUGGUCGCCUCUGCAGCGCUAAGUUUCCAGGACGGCAAAGGUUUCUGGGACCUUUAUAACGCAAUACAGAGCGAUGUCAAUUGUGAAGCCAAGUACCCAGCUGAUUGCUCAGCCUUCCAUGAACACGAGUUGAAAGUUACAACUGAAGUUUACCACAGUGAGCUAUAA